AUGCGAGUUGCUGUGAUUGGAGCCGGUGUAGUGGGGCUGUCUACUGCUGUGUGCAUCGCAGAGUCUAUUCCAGACUGCUCUGUUACUGUGAUCGCAGAGAAGUUCUCCCCUUACACAACUAGUGAUGUCGCUGCAGGAAUCCUCAGCCCACACUUCUCCCGAGAGACACCAAUUGAACGUCAGAAACGCUGGUUUGAUGAUACAUUUGCUCACCUCUUCUCAAUCGCACAGUCCGAGGAGGCAUCGGAAGUAGGUGUGCAGUUCCUGUCUGGAUGGGAGAUCUUUAAAGAAGCUCCGAUAGAGCCUAUCCCAUACUGGUCUGACUCUGUGCUGGCGUUCCGGACUAUGAAUAAUUCUGAGCUGAAGAGGUUUCCACAGGCUACAUUCGGCUGGAUGUACACGACCUUGCUUUGCGAAUGUACCUCCUACUUACCUUGGUUGGAGAAACGGUUAGAGAAUGCAGGCGGCCAGUUACAGACGGGGAAGAUCACAGGUUUCUGGGAACUUCAUGGAAAGUAUGAGAUCAUUGUGAACUGUUCAGGUAUUGGAGCCAGGGCCCUUACUGGGGACAUGAACAUUUAUCCUGUAAGGGGCCAGAUUCAUAAAGUUCACGCCCCUUGGCUCAAACACUUUGUCCAUGUAGGCGAUGGCACCUCUUACAUUUAUCCAGGGAUCUCCAGCGUUACUUUGGGUGGAACAAGGCAGAAAGAUGAUUGGCGGAUGUCAGUCGACCCGUCGGACAACGAGGCCAUUUUCAAGGGGUGCUGUGCUUUAGAACCAAGUCUCCAGCGCGCUCGUAAAUUAUUCGAAGGAGUCGGUCUGAGGCCUGUCAGAGCCGCGCUGAGGCUGGAGAAGGAGAAGCUGGAACGUGAGGGGAGUCACAUGUACCUUGUGCACAAUUACGGCCAUGGGGUGGCUGGAGUUUCCCUCCAUUGGGGAACCGCGAAGGAAGCUGCCCAACUGGUGAAAGAUUACUCAGCAGAAAUAGGCACCAAAAGCCUCACGGGAAACAUUGUGGUAUGCUAUUGUAAUCCUGAGAAAUUCAGCACUUCAGGGGCAGCAUUGGCAGUAAAUCCUGGGAUCAUUUCCAGAAAUCGCCAUAGUACCCUCGAGAAUAUCGAUGACAGGUUAGAGAAUGCAGGCGGCCAGUUACAGACGGGGAAGAUCACAGGUUUCUGGGAACUUUAUGGAAUGUAUGAGAUCAUUGUGAACUGUUCAGGUAUUGGAGCCAGGGCCCUUACUGGGGACAUGAACAUUUAUCCUGUAAGGGGCCAGAUUCAUAAAGUUCACGCCCCUUGGCUCAAACACUUUGUCCGUGUAGGCAAUGGCACCUCUUACAUUUACCCAGGAAUCUCCAGCGUUACUUUGGGUGGAACAAGGCAGAAAGAUGAUUGGCGGAUGUCAGUCGACCCGUCGGACAGCGAGGCCAUUUUCAAGGCGUGCUGUGCUUUAGAACCAAGUCUCCAGCGCGCUCGUAAAUUAUUCGAAGGAGUCGGUCUGAGGCCUGUCAGAGACGUGCUGAGGCUGGAGAAGGAGCAGCUGGAAUGUGAGGGGUAUCACGUGUACCUGGUGCACAAUUACGGCCAUGGGGGAGCUGGGGUUACCUUUCACUGGGGAACUGCGAAGGAAGCUGCCCAACUGGUUCAGGAGUGUGCAACAGAAAUAAGAUGCCGACCUGUCCGUCCUAAAGCUAAACUGUGAACAGGACGACAGCAAAUGAUCUCAUUGUUAUGACAACUUUGGAUUCAAACGAAACAACAUAUGGACAGAGGUAAUUCUACAAACAUCAAUAAAGAGCUUUUAUCGGUGAU